AGUUCAAUUACAAAAGAUGUCGAUAAGGUAACACUGGUUAUUUGAAAUUUUGCAACCCUUUUGUUAUUGUCAGAAUUAAUAGAAUUUAACAAUAAUUCAAUUAUUGAAUUAAACUAUUUUUGCACUAUAUAAUGUAAAAUAAAUGUGUACAAACGAAUUUGUGAAGUGUUAGUGGAUAUAAAAGUGGAAAAUAUAAGUGUAUAACUCAUUCGAAAUGGGAAAAAUGCGUACUUUAAAUAGUCGAAAUUUUGAACUUUAAACCCAAUUAUCUUGAAAACUAUAAGUUUCCCGCGGCUAUAUCUAUAUAUAUUCUUGAUCUGGAGGAUCUCCUAUAGCCGCCCAUACCCAUUUUAUCCCCGAAAGCGUGGGACGUUAUACUAAAGUUUUCCCUUUGUUUGUAUGUAGUAAUACUGUAUACGUAAGAAUAUUAAAGCCAGCAUUUCGUGGCCAGCAUGGUGGUAUAAGACGCAUGCCUGAAAAGUGGUCAAGAUCAGUUGAAUCUCAAAGGAAGGAAACGAAAAGCUCUCGGUCAUCGAAACCUGUGUCUACGGGAUUACUAAGCAAUAAGCCAGAAAAAAAUAGUGUACCGGAAAAUGAUACCUUGGAGGACAUCAAUCUUGAUGGCAGCAUGUCCAAAUCAAUUGAAGAGGCGCUCUUCUACCAACCCAUUUGCAAAUUGGCUACAAAUCCAAACGGUGCGAACAACAAUCUCCAUACCACAGAAUCAGAUGAAUCUUCAAUAUUAAAACUUCCAACCGGAGAUAAUAAUGUAUCCUCCACAUCUACAAAUGAGGCAGACAACUCCUCAAUACUUCCAACAUCACAAGAGUCAAAAGUCUCUACACCCAAUGUGGACCUACUGAACACCGAUUCUCCCUUUAAAGGAAUGUCUCUGAGAGAAUUUGAAACUCAGCGCAAAUUGAUCGAGGAGCAAAAUAAACAGAAGAAGGAGCUUUUGCAUAAAGCUAUAGAAUUACACUCACAAAAAACGGCUGCGGAGACACGGAAAAUUGCUGAAAUCAAAGAGGAACUUGCCAAAUUAGACAAUGACCUAGCGCUUGAUGUAUCAAUAUUACGAAAGCAAAUUGAUAAUGCCUGUAUAUAUUUUUCGCAAGUCGAGAAACAGUAUAUCAAAAUAGAGGCUCAAUUCUUAAAAGCAAAAAUAGAUUUACAUAAUGCGGCGGAGAAAAAGGAGUUGCUAACCGAGCAUUUAUGUACGGUAAUUGCUCAUAAUGAAGAUCGCAAAGCGCAAAAGCUCUCAGAACUUAUGCAAAAAGUUGGUUUAACAGAAACGGGGGACUUAGACGUAGGAACUAAAUAUGCAAUGAAUGGUGAAAAUCAAGCAAGUCAAGAGAAGUAAAAUUGUAUAAAACAUUGUAAUAUAUUUCUAGCUUUUACUAUUUCAGAACUACUUACUUAUAUAUUUACAAUAAUUUUUUACUUGUAUAAAUAUGUAUAACUUAUCCAAUAACUCAAAAGUUGAAGUAUCAUACUUUGUAUAAAACAAAAUGUAGGCAAUAAUAUAUUAUCCAUAGUUAGACGUAUUAACAUUAAAAGUUGUUAUGUAUUUAUUAAAGAUGAAAACAAUUUCAAAAUAAAUAUAAAUUUCUCUAUGAAAA